UUUAUUGAAUACCAUUGCGCCUUGUUGUGUAUUCCCGUACUCGCAUCGCCAUCUUGUUGCAAUCCCUCUUUUACGUAUGUGAGGAUUUAACUACGAUUUGUCCCAUAAUUUUUUUUGUUAUUUUGAAAAAAAGAGAGGAACCACUCACGCGCGUUUGUGAAUUAUACAGCGUGUACUUGCUUCCCGGGAUUAUUUGUGCGUUUUCCUUCUGUCCCGGGCAACCGGGCUGCUACCGAAAGGGGCAAGCGAGAUGAGCAUCGAUACUCUUCUGGAGGCGGCCAGAUAUCUGGAAUGGCAAGCCCAGCAACAACAGAUUGCACGUGAGGAGGAGCAGAGAAGAGAGAAGGCGGAGCUUCACAGUCGAGAGCCUGAGCCCUGGAGAGUGGAGGUGGUGACUUCCUCUGCCCAGCCAAUCAGGUUCAAUUAUGCCCCCUGGGGGGAGGAGUCGCACCAUCAGCACCAGCACAUUUCCCCAGCCCCCCCUCCUGCUCCUCCUCCACCCCCUCCCUCUCUCCCUCCACCUCAAGUCCCCAUUUCAGUCCUCCCCAUGGUCCCCAUUGUCACAGCAGCGCCUUCUGUCCCGUCCCUUCCCCUGGUCACGCCCGUCGCCGCCGCAGCGGCGGCAACGUUGCUGAACGGCUCCCCGCCAGCCAAGAAUGGCUCCUCCCCGACUCAGCAGCAUCCAAUCACACGCCACCUGAUGUGCGCCACCCAGAUGAAGGUCGAGCCUAAUUCGCUGACGCCGCUGACAGGUGUUACUCCCAGCCAACCUCAGCCUCAGGUCCAGAUUCCUUACCCCACCACUAUCAUCACCACCACCAGUACGGCCAGCUCCCAGCAUGCUCUGCUUCCCCAGCAAGGGCCGCCCACUCCUCAACCUCGUACCAAUGGAAUGGUCAUGGAUGACAUGAGAGGGCUGGAUGGGAAGAGACGACCAGGGGGAGCGGGAACAAGAGAGGUGCACAAUAAGCUGGAGAAGAACAGACGAGCUCAUCUGAAGGAGUGUUUUGAGACGCUGAAGAAGAACGUUCCUAACGUGGACGAGAAGAAGACGUCGAACCUCAGUGUUCUCCGCAGUGCUCUGCGCUACAUACAGACUCUAAAGCGCAAGGAGAAAGAGUACGAGCAUGAGAUGGAGCGCCUAGCGCGAGAGAAGAUUGCCACGCAGCAGAGACUGGCUGAGCUGAAGAACGAGCUCGGCCAGUGCAUGGAUGUCCUGGAGAUAGACCGGGUUCUCCGACAGACUGUCCAGCCAGAGGAGGACCAGGCCUCCACAUCCACGGCCUCGGAAGGGGAAGAGAUCUUUGACCAGGACAUUGAUGAGGAUGUGUCUCCUCCUCCGCCCUCCUCGUUGCGCAAGCUGCCUCCGCCCAUCCUGCAGACCCAACCACUCCUCACUUCUCACUUGUCGAUCCAGCACACGGCCCUCCCCCUCUCGGGUGUCCUGACCAGCCCGCCCCUCUCGGCCGGACACCCCCCUCAGGCCAUCGCCCCGGCACCGGCCACUCACCCCCUCCUGCCUCCAUCCAUUCAAGUACAGCCCACUGUCAUCGCCCAUGCCGCUGUUUCCCACCCAUCAGUCAUCCAGGCUGUCAAUCAUGUCCUCCCAGCCAAGCAUCUGACACACAUCGCCCCUUCUCCCGGCCCCCCUUCAUCCACCCCUCAACCAAUGGCAGCCACUGUUGCGGCUCACCAGCCAAUGACUGCCCAGCCCAUUGGACACAUCACUGUCCACCCUGUAGCUCACAUACCCUCCCACCUCUACCCCCAGGGCGUGUCUGUGUCCCAGCCAACUGUGGUGGGCCACAUAACCCACACCUUCACCCACGUCCAGGCAAACCCCCAUGCUAACGCUAACGGAGGCCAGGUCAAGGGUGCCGCCAUGCCCGGCCAGGGGAGCCCAUCCUUGGGGAAGCCCACCGCUGUCCUUACCCCCCACCACCAGCUAGUUGGACAGGCCACCGUCCUUAACCCUGUCACCAUGGUGACUGUUCCGCCAUUCCCUGUGAGCACGCUCAAACUGGCUUGAAGGAGAGGAUCUACGGCCGAAGGAGCCUAAACUACAACACGAUGAGUCAGACUCCUACAGGGUUUUGAACAACACCAGAACAUUCCUGACAGACGUACUGGUGACAUAGACUAAUCUGCAGUCAGUAUGCUACUCUUCAGAUUAACUAGUGAACAAAGGUAGGAGCUGUUCCGGGGACACACACACACACGCAAGAAUAGCUAUGGACGUCGUGGGAAGCACCGUGAAAGGCCCACUGCUCUCCGUCUGUUCCCCUUGGACUGGGACUGUAAUAUCUGCUGCAGAGAUUCGAAUUCUCUCCUUCCCACCCUGUCUCCCUCCUUCCAGUCAUCUCCCCAGAGGCACUUCAGCCCAGUCUCACUCAGGCUCCAGGGGCUCCUGCACCCCCCGCAGGCACAGAGGAAAACAUGACCAGAAAUCAUGAAGUCAUUUAAGAAGGAAACCCUCGCAGUAGUUCCAAGUAGGUUCAUGUUCACCUUGUCAAAUGAUGUCAUUCAGAGGGGACAGACACGCACGUGGUCGGUGUCUUAAAGGGGGUGUGACGUCGCUGGGGUGCUGGGUGACUUGACUGAACCAGCAUCUCGAUUGUCUUCAGAUGCCACACCCCUAUCCUGUUCUGGCGUCUGCGCCGUUCUGACAGUGCUGGACAGAGAAGCGGAGGGGGAGACGAAGCAGCUUUAAACCGACGAGGUGCAUCCAUGCCGUCAGAGACAGCAUGGAGGUUCUCUCUACUCCAGCCCAACAGCCCCCUCUGCUGCCUCUUCCUGACCUCAUGUUGGCAGCAGGACGUACGCCUACGAUCAGCACGGGUGGGGACUAGGGUUCAGACCUUCCCAGCUGUGUGUGUGUGUGCGUGCUACUACACCCCUUUUUCCACCCUUCAUGUAUCUACAUCUGUGUUUGUCACUGUCUGUUUCAGUAAGUAUGUAGACAAUGUUUUAUGGUCCUUUUUUCAUUUUUUUUUGUGUUGUGUGGGUAUGUUAAUAUAUUCAGUAUGUUUUUUUGUUUACAUUUUAUUACACACUAUGAUUAAACCCACUGUACCUACCAAGGGGCAUGGUUCUGGUUUAAUAUUUGCCCCUGUGCAUGUUGGAGAGGAUGUAUGAGUGAAUUGGGCAUUUUCACACAAGUGAGAUGCGGUGUGAAUCUUUGUGGGUAAUGUCAUGUGUUGUAUACUGUGCUUCCUGAACACUGUGACAACCUUGCUAUCACACACACAUACACACACAUGCCCACAGUGAAUUUGAAACUUGUGUAGAGUUUCUCUGUGUAAAGAGCUUGAUGUAGGGAUGGAAAGAGAAUGUCUCUUUUCUCUUUGACGCCAUAAUGUCUGAUUUAGUUCAGUUUUCCAAUAUGCUUAUGUAUGUAUGUACAGUAUGUAUGAAACUUUGUAUAUGUGUGAUUGUAUGCACGCGUUAGCAUUUAUCUCUAUGUAUUUUAACAUUUUACCCAUGCCUGUUUUUGCAUGUAGAUUGCUGUUUAGUUUCUGUUUCAAUGUUGAUUUUCUUUUGUAAGUUUCUUUAUUUCUGGGACCAUGUACAAUAUUGUAUGGUGUGGGUGGGAUAAUGGACCUCAUUGAUAUUAUAUAUGAAUAUAAAAACAGAUGUUUUCCCUAUGGAGAAAGUUUAAGUUAUAUAUCGCCUGUACAUUUUGGGCUGCCUUUUAGAUCUAACUGUCCACUAUGUUUAAAAUAACAACAAUAAUGGAAAAAAAGAAUACUAAUGAGAAAAUUAUGCUGAUGAAAUAACUAUGAAGAUUCUUAAUAAAUCUUAUUACAUUUACAA